CGAUGGACCCUAGGUAGUGUACCUAUAUAUGCGCAAUACAUGUAGAUCUUGUAGGAUUCCGAGAUCUCGUCCUUCUAGAAUAAAAUGGGAUCUUCUAUCGAAUCCAAAAAGACCUUGCGCAUCGGCGUCGAUGUUGGUGGCACCAACACCGAUGGUGUCGUCCUCGACCCGUCGCGCGCCCUAGAGCCGGACAAGGGCAUCAUCGCUUGGCACAAGGCGCCGACGACCACAAACCCGAGUCUUGGGAUCAACGAUGCCAUCACGACUAUGUUCAAGACCGCUGGCAUCAGCCCGGACCAAGUCGCCAGCGUCACCAUCGGCACAACUCAUUUCGUCAAUGCUGUCGUUGAGAGGGAUGCCGCGCGCCUGACCAAGGUCGCCGUCCUGCGGCUCUGCGGUCCCUUCUCUAAGCAUGCUCCUCCUUGCAUCGAUUGGCCGGACGACAUGCGCGAGCUCAUCCUCGGCUACCACGCCCUUCUAAAAGGUGGCCUGGAAGUCGACGGGUAUCUCAUUUCUGACAUCGACGAGAAUGAAAUCAGAGAACAAUGUGCUAUCAUCCGGGAGAAGGGAAUCAAGAGCAUAGUCGUAAACGGGGUCUUCAGCCCCAUUGACACUGUCGAAAAGCAAGAGGAACGCGCCGCCGCCAUUAUCCGCGCUGAGAUCCCUGGCGCCGAUAUCGUCUGUUCUAAAGAAGUUGCUAACCUGGGUUUCCUGGAGCGUGAAAAUGCCGCUAUAUUGAAUGCUUCCAUUCUUGCAUUCGCUCGUAAGACCAUCCGUUCAUUCCAGGAGCCGAUCAAGCGUUUAGGUCUCGACUGUCCCGUGUUCAUCACGCAGAAUGAUGGUACAAUUCUUUCUGGUGACAUGGCGGCAAGGUUGCCCAUCCGAACUUUCUCAUCCGGUCCGACGAACAGUAUGCGCGGCGCUGCCUUCCUCGUGCAGAACGAGCUAGACGAGGCAAUAAUGGUAGUUGACAUAGGCGGAACGACCACUGACGUAGGCCUUUUGCUCGCGAAUGGCUUCCCACGCCAGCAGGCCGCCUAUAGCGAUUUGGCGGGAGUUCGGAUGAACUUUUCUUGUCCAGACGUUAAGAGCAUCGGCCUCGGCGGUGGUUCCAUCGUCAGAGACGGCGAAACACUGACUGUAGGUCCUGAUAGCGUCGGUUAUAAAAUCACCGAAGAAGCUUUAGUGUUCGGCGGCAAAAUACUCACCACCACUGACUGUACGGUUCUAGCGGACAGCACGGUUGAGAUAGGAAAUAAGGAAUUAGUGAAAGGCGCCUUAAAUGAAGAGGGAAUUGCGAAAUUCAAGACUGUCGUUAAACACAAGAUCGAGAAGAUCAUUGAUACAAUGAAAACAUCACCCGAAGACCUUCCCGUGCUUCUUGUGGGAGGUGGUGCCGUAAUAGCGCCAGAUGAACUGAAGGGAGCGAGCAAGGUACUCAAGCCAAAGUGGUCAGGAGUCGCAAAUGCUAUCGGAGCCGCGAUUGCAAGAGUCAGCGCCGUCGUAGACACAGUAAAAUCUACUGAGUCCAGGUCUACGCAACAGAUCUUGGAGGAGAUCUGUCAAGACGCUAUCGAGCGAGCCGUGGCGAACGGUGCAUCAAGGUCGACUGCAAAGGUUGUGGAAAUGGAUACUCUGCCUUUGCCGUACAUAGCUAACAAGUCGCGGUUUACCGUGCGAGCCGCGGGAGACCUCGAUUACUCGCGCACGGAUUUUGCAACCCUCCACUUCGACGAAACGUCCACGGAAACGGAAGUCCAAAUGGACGAAUACGAAAAGGCCGCACGGAAUCCCGAGAAGAACACGAAGCCGGAGCCAAAGGAAGAUAUCGACAUCGACAACUAUAAACCCACGGUAAAGAACCGCGUCUGGUAUGUCAACGAAACGGACCUCGUCUGGAUUACUAUUGGCUGCUACAUCCUCGGGACCGGCGGAGGCGGCAGCCCCUACGCAUCCAUGAUCCGGCUGCGGGCAAUGCUGCGCAGGGGCGAUGUGGUCCGCGUCGUAAACCCGGACGAUUUGAAAGACGACGCAGCGGUAGCAACCGGUGGCCACGCCGGCUCGCCCACAGUCGGAAUAGAAAAGUUGGCCGGCGACGAGAUGACCGACUGUCAAGUAGAGCUGUACAAGAUCUGCGACGAUUAUCCAUCGCAUAUCAUCUCGGUGGAGAUCGGAGGCGGCAACGGCUUGCAGAGCAUGAUCAUCGGCGCGAGCACAAACAUGAACCUGCCGGCCGUAGACGGCGACUGGAUGGGGAGAGCAUAUCCCACCAAGUGGCAGACGACGCCGGUUGUCUUCAAUGAGCGGACACCAAUCUGGUCGCCGGUGGCGAUGACGGACGGCAACGGAAACGUCGUCAUCGUACCAAAAUCCACCUCAGACCUCCAAGUUGAGCGUAUACUUCGCGCGGCGCUAAGCCAGAUGGGAUCGGGCGUAGGAGUUGCCGACCCGCCCGUGACUGGAUCGGAAUGCAGACGAUGGGCCGUCGAACAUACCAUCUCGCAAUCGUGGCGAAUCGGCCGAGCGGUUGCGAAGGCGCGCCAAGCCAACCGCAUAGACAACGUCGCAGAGACCAUCCUGGCCGAAUGCGGAGGCCCCGAAGCCGGCAAAGUGCUAUGGAAGGGCAAGAUCGUAGGCGUGGAGCGUAUGCUGCGCAUGGGCCACAUCUACGGGGAGUGCAUCAUCGAAGGCGCGGAUGUAGUCGACGACGAGACUGCCACCGCAAACAAGGACGCUUCUGCUUCCGGACAGCCGCAGUUCCAGGGAAGGAUCAAGAUCCCGUUCAAGAACGAGAAUAUCGCCGCCAUCAAAAUUUCCCGGUCAGUUGUAGAUGGAAAGGUCGUAGAGACGGAGGACGAGGUGCUGGGUCUCGUGCCAGACCUGAUCACCGUGAUCGACGCGCAGAACGGCGAGGCCAUCGGUACCCCGGAGUACCGGUACGGAUUGCUGGUUAUCGUCCUAGGCAUUACGGCUAGCGAACGUUGGACUUCGGAGAGGGGCAUCGAGAUCGGCGGCCCGAAGGCCUUCGGCAUGGAUCACCUCACCUAUAAGCCCCUAGGUAAAUUCGUGAAACCUAGGAGCGUGAUUGAUGAGUUCGAUGUUAACGAGUAGAGGUGCUUCGCUAUACAGAGUAAAAGAUUAGCGCAAUUUAUAUAUCUAGAAAUCUUUACAUAUUAGAAUAUCCAAGUGGCCAAGAGCCGGCAUGAAAUAUAUAUUAUUAUAGUCUCUACUGUAGGUAUCCAUAUAUAACCAGCAGCUAUUCCUCUACAAUAUACACGUCAUCCGCAAA